CUUAAUUCAUGUUCCAGGGCCCUAGUUUGGCAAAUCAAUACAGAAUAUUCUUAGGGAGCCAUAUUAUUAAUUCCUGAUUGGAAACUCAACUGAAUACUCAAUAUAUGAUCCGUGAUUUUGACAUAUUGAUAAAUAAAUGAGUAAGGGGCAGUUUGGGGAUAGUGUGCUGAGGUUUGGAGCAUAUCUGAUAACAGAAAAAGCAGGAAAUCGAGGUGAACUUUUCCAGACACAUGAACUAAGUUUGGAGUGAGAAUACCCACUGCAUAUUAGAGUUGAACAUAUUAUGUGAGAUAGUGUUUCACAUACAAUACAAACAGCUAAAUAUAACUGUAAAUUCUAAGUACAUAUUGGACGAGUUUUGUAUAAGUAAACAUAUCACUUUUGGAUAACAUAAAAUGACUUCGCAUCCAGUGAAAAAAGUCCCCAUUCAUUUACAGAGUGCUCAAUCAAGGCUCUUCAUAAAAGGAGGUAAAAUAGUGAAUGACGAUUGUUCCUUUGACGCUGACAUCUACAUUGAAGAUGGUAUCAUCAAGCAAGUUGGUAACAAUCUCGUCAUUCCUGGUGGCUCACGAACAAUUGAUGCCCGGGGGCUCCUGGUCCUCCCUGGGGGUAUUGACACUCACACCCAUUUCCAGCUCCCAUUCAUGGGUACACAGUCUGUAGAUGACUUCUAUUCAGGCACUAAGGCAGCCCUGGCUGGAGGCACCACAAUGAUAAUUGACUUUGUGCUAGAUCAGAAGGGUGUUUCACUGCUAGAUGCCUAUGACAAAUGGAGAGGUUGGGCUGAUGCUAAAGUAUGUUGUGACUAUGGUCUCCAUGUCGCUGUCACAUGGUGGAGUGAGGAUGUAUCCAAACAAAUGGAAAUGCUCUGUGCAGAGAGAGGUAUCAAUUCAUUCAAGAUGUUCCUUGCCUACAAAGAUGUGUUCAUGUUGGAUGAUUCAGAGCUCUACAGUGCAUUUCAAAAGUGUAAAGAACUUGGUGCCUUGGCCAUGGUACACGCUGAAAAUGGACAUCUCAUUGCUGAAAAAUCAAAGGAGAUGAUAUCGUCAGGAAUUACAGGCCCAGAGGGUCACGCCAUGUGCCGACCAGAAGAGGUUGAGGCUGAAGCUACUCAGCGAGCUAUCACAGUUGCCGAUCAGGCAAACUGCCCCCUCUAUGUUGUACACGUCAUGAGCAAAUCUGCUGGUGAUGUUGUUGCAGCUGCACGGCGGAAAGGUAAUAUAGUGUUUGGUGAGCCAAUAGCAGCCAGUCUUGGUACAGAUGGUACUCAUCAGUGGAACAGAUGUUGGCGACACUCUGCAGGACACGUCAUGGGACCUCCUCUCCGAGAUGACCCCACCACCCCCGGGUAUUUAAUGGAUCUCUUAGCAAGCGGUGACCUUCAAGUCACUGGCACCGAUAACUGCACAUUUAACGCUGAGCAAAAGGCGCUAGGGAAGGAUGACUUCAGAAAAAUUCCCAAUGGAGUCAAUGGUGUAGAGGAUAGGAUGUCUGUCAUAUGGGAGAAAGGAGUGCACUCAGGCAAGAUGGACCCCUGCAGGUUUGUAGCAGUGACCAGCACAAAUGCAGCAAAGAUAUUCAACGUUUAUCCUAAAAAGGGCCGCAUUCAAGUGGGAUCAGAUGCUGACCUUGUUCUCUGGGAUGCCAACAAGACGCGCACUAUCUCAGCCAAGACACAUCACCAGGCAGUUGACUUCAACAUAUUUGAGGGUAUGGUGGUCCAUGGUGUUGCUUCUACUGUGAUCAGCGGAGGAAGAGUUGUACUGGAUGAAGGAGAGCUUCACGUCACCCAAGGUGUGGGCAAGUUUGUUCCAACCCCUGUCAAUGCUGAACAUGUAUAUGGCCGUGUACGAAACAGGGAAUCGGCCCGUAUUCCACAAAAGGUAGUUCGUGAUCCAUAUGAAGGCAAAGUCAUCGAGAUUUCCAAUACUGUCGCUGACAGCCAUGCUCCCAUCAAUCCAAUCUGUCCCAAUGCCAUCAAUGGUGCAGACCCCUUCUCCACACAUAGCAGACCCCCUACAAGUAGUGGCGGUAGGAACCUGCAGGAUUCUAGCUUCUCUCUUAGUGGUAGGCGUGGUUUGGCUUUUAUAUGGCACACCCAGCAGAAAACUUUGAUAUCUCAAAUAUUAUCUGACACAGGGUUAAUUUGGGGGAGUAUGAGUUUCAUAGGGACUAGGAGUUUCACUUAUGUGACAUGUAAAGUCUCAAUUGUACAAUUGUAUAUUGCAGUGUCAUUCACAUGCCUUUAAAUUACCUUCUACAAUGUAUUUAUUCAGAAAAUAUCAAAUUGUAAAAAUUUCACUUAGGGCAAAUCUGCACUGGGCUUAUCAAAGGGAAAAUGGGCCUAUUAGGCUAAUUAUUAGUGCAAUUUUAUCUUUAUACUUCAUCCUCUUUUUUAGUCACACAUAGCACAUUAACUUUAAUCUCACAUCAUCAUUGUAAUUUCAAUACUAUUUCAUAACAAAAUUUAAAGUUUUCUGCUUCGGUCAUAGCUACAUUAUUUAACAAACAAAUCAGUCAACGAUUCCUUUAUUGAAAGAUUUUGCUCAUGUAUUUGAGGGGUAAUCGUUGAUAUGGUCAGCUCAUAAAGCUGCACAGAAGUGUGUAAUUUUCUACAUGUGAAUUGAAACCUUCCAAAUUACAAUUUCUUUGUGUCAUGAUGUCCAAUCAAGACAGUAUCUAGUGGGCUUUGUAUAAAAAACCUCCUACCUCAUAACCACCUACCCACCUACGUGGGACAUGAUACAGUCAUUGAAGGGUUGAAUUUUAAAGAUUUUUAAAUCUCAAAAUAGCUCUAAUUAUUAACAUUUCUACAAUUCUGUCU